AUGCGUCUAAAAGAAUUAUUGCCCAAUUUUUUGAUCGUUCAUCAGGAAACCCCUGAGGAUCCUAUUGUAUUCAAGCCCGCUGAUAAACGAGAGGAUGACAAUAAGAUUACUAUCCCUGAACUAAUAAGCGCUAAAGUUCCGGAGCUGGCUGACGGUGCUACUGAUACCUUAUAUGGUUUACUGGUCAACGGCCAUUUACAGACCGCAUAUGGCUCAUUUAGGCACUUUGACAAUAUAGAUAAAGUCCAAUAUAAAAGAUUGAUAAUCAAAUACCCACAUGGAGGCGAAGGAACUGUAGAUUUUGCCGUACACGAUAAAGGUAACAAAAGAAGAAAAGUGGAGAAAGAAUAUAUGCCCACAAAUCAACCGGUUUUUGACGGAGACUUGAGACGUAGAUACUCGUACUAUUCCCCUGAUGAUCCUAAACUGAAAUCAGACGAUGCAAAGCCCAUGCUUAUUAUUCUUCAUGGAUUGACAGGAGGGUCCAGGGAAAGCUAUGUAAGAGCAAUUGUUCACGAAAUCACCACGAAGUAUGACUUCGAAGCAUGUGUGUUUAACGCAAGAGGAUGCUGUUACUCUGCAAUCACAACACCUCUAUUAUACAACGGCGGUUGGACUAACGAUAUAAGAUACUGUGUUAAUGACUUGAGGAAAAGAUUUCCGAAUAGAAAGUUCUAUAUGAUGGGGUUUUCGUUGGGCGCAUCAAUAAUGACGAAUUAUUUGGGAGAAGAGUCCGAUCGUACAAAGAUUGAAUGCGCUAUUUCCGUGAGUAAUCCUUUUGACUUAUACAACUCGGCCUAUUUUAUUAACAGUACGCCAAUGGGGUCACGGUUUUACUCACCGGCAUUGGGUCACAAUUUGCUGCGUAUGGUUCGAAACCAUCUUUCUGUCUUGGAAGAAAACCCCAAUUUUAAAACUACUAUCGAGCAAAAUUUGAAAAAGAUUCGGACAGUAAAACAAUUUGAUAAUUUGUUGACAGGGCCAAUGUUUGGAUAUAAGAAUGCGGAGGAGUAUUAUAAGAAUGCUUCAUCAUAUAAGAGAAUACCUGGGAUCAGAACUCCCUUUAUAGCUCUGCACGCUCAGGACGACCCAAUUGUCGGAGGUGAUCUUCCCAUAAACCGAAUAAAAUCCAAUCCAUACACUUUGCUUCUCGAAACUUCAACCGGAGGACAUGUUGGAUGGUUUAAAGAUAGGUCCGGCAAAAGGUGGUACGCAGAGCCGCUGUGCAGAUUAUUGAAGGUAUUCCACGACGAAAUUACAUUAAAAGGCUUAAAACCUGACUUAGACGGUGUGAAACUCCCAAAUCCCAACUGUGAGCGUAUAGCAACAACCUUUCCCACGAAGUAG